AUGCAAUGGGAUGCAAGAUCUAUCUACGUGGGCAACUGUAGCGUUGCCGCUUUGGCGGUGACAGUCACAAUGGCAUGUGAGAUUGCAGAUGAGAGUUCAGCUAUGCAGAUGUUUUCUCAGCCUGGAAACCCGUUCAGGUCAUAUUCCCUGUAUGUAUGUAUCGGAAUGGAGCCCCGAGCCAACCCCAGGCACAUCACAUCACAUUCCGACUUUAGUAUGCAGAUCAAGGCCUGUCAGCCAACUCUAGCUGUUACUCUUUAG